UAAUUUUACCUAGCUCAAUUUGUAGCGAAGCCCUGUUGAAAUCGCGAGAGCACUUCGUCAUCCAAGCUGACAGUUGCAGAGAUCAUGAUAUUUGCUAGCAUUUGCUCAAGUGUUAGACUUCGUUGCAGAAAACCAGUGAAGACUGAUAGCAGAGAUGUCGUCUGAAGAAACGCUAAGUGUUGGAGGGGAAGAAGGGGUGAGGGACGUGACUUCGAGCUCGAGUAGGGGAAGUGGGGGUAGGACCUCAGUUAGUGGGGGAAAUGGGGGUAGGACCCCGGUUAGUGGGGGAAAUGGAGGUCAAGAGGGUAGCCUUGUCCCAACCAACAUUUUAGAGGUUGGUGACAAUCGGGGAAGGUGUUAUGACGAGAGUGACGAGGUGGUGGGGGAGGUGGUGGGGUAUGAGUCGUGCUGGAGGUGCAAGGGGGAGUUGGGGCACUUAGUGGAGAACUAUAGUAUCCCACCCCAUGUGCUGGUAAGGCCAACAGGAGGUGAGGAGCGAGUGUGUUCGGCUCUAAAAGACCAUUGGAUGCCCUUGUACGUGCACUACCUGACAGCUGGGCUCCGAUUCCCAAUUCCGGAGUUGCUAGUAGCGCUGCUAAAGAAAUACGGGUUGGGGUUAACGCAGCUCGUCCCCAAUGGAGUUCGGUUGGUAGUGGGAUUUUUAGUGUACUGCCAACUUCGUGGGGUGCGAAUUCCAACUGUAGAUCUAUUUAAAUAUUUCUUUAUAAUCAAGGGGGGUAGUGGGAAGGAGAAGAGGUGGUUUUACUUUACAUCUUGGGUAGUUGGAGGGAGAAGUAGGAACCUGUUCACUACAGGUCUUUCCUCCAUUAAGGGGUGGAAGGAGAUGUUUAUCUUUGUGGAUGACACGGAGUGGGGGAGGGGGGAUAGGGAGGUAGAGGAGCUGAGUAGGUGGAAGGGGAAGAGAAGAAAUCCGAACCAAUACCGGCUGGGGGAGGUGGAGAAGGACGAGGUGAAGAGGUUGGAGAGGGGUGGGGGGGAGCUAGCGAACAUAAUGUACCUCACCAAUCCAGAGGUGGUGGAGUCGUCUGGAAUCUAUGGGAGGAGCUCGUUGAGCAGAGCUGGGGACAGACCAGUACGACUUCCGGAGAAGAGGUCAAGGGCAUCAGCCUCGGGUGCUCAAGAGGAGCGAGUUGGGGGUGGGGCGUCAAGGCUUGCAGUUGAGGUGGGGCCCAGCUCUGAGCCCAGGAGGGGUGUAAUUGAGGAGGUCGUCGCUCGAAAGAGGCCAAGGGUGGAGGAGGUGCAACCUCUGCAGAUUGAGGCCCCGGUCGAGUUCGUAUCUCGGCCAGCCCCAGUGCAGAUUGACCCGGUACUUCGGGAAACUGAGGUGGUGGUGCCUGGUAGGGGGAAGAGCUCCGUUCCUUACCCUAGGCAGGUGGCCAGCUUCUACGAUUCGGGGAGGACGGCUGCAAAGCGCUUCAUUAGCGCCCACUUCCCCGAGGUGGACCUGCAGAGGGCGAAGGAUGAGGUGGCUGCCAGUGGGGGGUCUGGGGUAGUUCGGCAGGCCUUGGAGGUCGCAAAUUUGGUGAAUGCAAUGGCGGUUGAUUCAUUCGACUGCCUUCAAGAGCGGAUUGCCUUGGUCAAAAAGAAUGAAGAACUCAACCGCCAGAAAGAGGAGGCGGAGAAGAACUUCGGUGAACUGACCUCGGAGCUGGAGAAGGUCAGGGAGGAGUUGGCCAAUUCCAGGAGGGCUGUCGAGCUGGAAGAGCAGAAGAGGAAGAAGUGCGAGGAGGCACUUGCAAGGAGGGAAGGUGAGCUGGCCGAAGUGAAAAAGGCAGCUGAGCUGGCGGUCCACAAUUCUGUGGAGGAGCACGUUUUAGACUUCGUCAAGUCUGCCACGUUCGUCGAGGUGGUGGACCUCUACCGCUUGCCAACGCUGGUAAUGGCCUUCUCUGAUUGCCAUAAGAAGGUGAAGGUGCAAAAUCCAGAGGUGGACGUGACAAGCAUCACUUUUGGACCUGAGGAGGCGGGGGUAGAGGAGAACGGGGAUAGCAAGACAGCGGAGUUCCGCCCUGAGGUUAAACUGACUUUGGAACGGGACGAGGCUGGGAAAACUAUCCUCCCACCGACGUUGGACUUCGAGUUCGUCGCCGUGGACGAGGAGGAGGCCAAGGUGGCACCGAGAACUGAGGUGGCAGACAACAUACGGAAUGAAGAAGUGGACCAACAGCUCCAGAUCAUUGAUUGAGCUUAGCCAGCUCACCCUUUGUAAUUUUUACAAUUUUUAGUAUAUGUAAAGAACAAUUUGUAUUUCAAUUGAAAUGAAUGAAUUGAAAUGUU